AUGACAUCCAGUGAAAGUCUGAUUGUGAAAAGUGGAGUAGUAGAAGUUAACAUUAGUGAUCAUUUCUUGGUUAGUUGUGAACUUAAUUUAAAAAAGCCAAAACUAAAACCAACAUAUAUCAAUGCACGAAGUUUUAAAGAUUACGAUCGAAAUCAAUUUGUCAUGGAUUUAGCACAAAUUCCUUGGCAUGAAUAUUUUUCAAUUGACGAUGUGAAUGAAAAACUCUCCUCAUUUAAUGGUCACUUUUUGAGUAUCUUGGAAAAACAUGCACCGGUUAAGAGAAUGAAAAUAAGAUAUCGCCGGUGUCCAUUUAUGAGUAGAGAGAUUAAAGAACUUAUGAAAAAUAGAGAUAAAUUACAUAAGCUUGCACGACGAACCAAGAUGACAACAGAUUGGGAAAAUUACCGUGUUUGUAAACAGGCUGUAAAAAAGGCGUUACGUGAAUGUGAAAGGAAGAAUGUACAGAAUGAAAUUCAUAAAAACUUAAACAGAAGUUCUAUGUGGAAAGUUAUAAGGAACUAUUUAUCCCGUAAAGAAUCAACGGAACUUAAGUAUUCAAGAAAUAUCACGGAACUAGUGGAGGAGUUCAAUUCUUUUUCACGACAGUGGGAAUUAAAGCAUCAGAGUCUGCUACUGCACUUUUAA